GUAGCAUCCGAUUUAUUUUCUCCCCUUUGCAAACUAAAUUAGCCUUUUUCCCCCCCUCCACCUAUUGGUGCUGUUUCACGUUUUUUACUUGUUUUUUUCUAUGUUGACUUCGACGUUUUCAUUCCUCUAGCUGUAAAGACGAGUGAAGUGCUUCUUCCACUGUAGGUCACUGAAGGAAGACCAAACAGAGCAGAAUCAUGUCUGCAGAACUGGACCUGUCCCCUCCAGAGGUUCCUGAACCCACUUUGCUAGAAAGCAUUCUGCGCUAUGGGUUGUUUCUUGGUGCUAUCUUCCAGCUCAUCUGUAUUCUGGCUGUCAUCUUCCCCACAUCCAAGGGCCACGAACAGGAGGAGACCGAGUCCACUGAUGGCAAGUCUGCUGAACAGAUGAAGAAACCUAAAGGACCAACACCUCAGAUUCGACAGAAACCAAAGAAAGAGAGCAAGAAGAAGCGAUAAAUAGCUUUGUGCGUCAGUGUGUGUGUGUGUGUGUGUGACUUGAUUUUGCGAAUGGGUGUGCUUGGUCAUUGCCAAUAUUGGAUUAUGGAAGUGAGCAUUUUAGUUAUCACUACAAGUAUAUAAAAACACUGACGUCAUAUUAUGUCUAUAAAAACUGAUACAUGUUGAAUUGGAGACUCUUCAGAAUGACCUUUAGCUGUGUCCUAUUUACAUUCAACAUGGAAGUACAAAAAGCAAAUUGUUGCGUAUGCUGACUGUUUAUGCAGCUACAUAUUUCAUUGGGUAUGUUUACAUUUCCAUUUUUUUUUUAUAAUUGAAUAUCAUUGAGUGAAUUGUAUUGACAUUACAACAGACAAAUAAAACAUGUAGUCAUCCACCUUAA